AUGAGUGAUAACCCUUUUGAUUCUUAUUUGAGGAAGGAUACCGAACAAGGUGGCUCUGACCCUGCAUUGCUAGCAUCUAAGGCAUUACUGAAGCCCAAUGCAUCCUUAGAAUAUUGCUCGCUGACAGUUGAAGAAACUAUAAGACAGUUAAAUACAGAUGCAAAGAAUGGUAUUAUGGACCAACAGCAAGUCCGCUUAGGAUUGAUGGAAUGGGGUCCGAAUGAGGUUAGUGCAGAUGGUGGAGAACCGCUUUGGAAGCGAUUUCUGUCGACGUUUAUCGAAGACCCAUUGAUUCUGCUAUUAAUCGGCUCAGCGAUAAUUAGUUUUUUAAUGGGAAACAUCGACGAUGCUGUAAGUAUUACUCUGGCCAUUGUCAUCGUGGUUUCUGUGGGUUUUGUUCAGGAGUAUAGAUCAGAAAAGUCCCUUGAAGCCCUACAGAAGUUAGUUCCUGCAAGCUGUCAUCUAAUUAGAAAUGGUGUCGAGAAGACCGUUCUAGCUGCGGAGUUGAUUCCUGGCGAUGUUGUUUCUGUCAAGGUUGGUGAUCGGGUUCCUGCUGAUCUUCGUAUUAUUGAAAGUGUUGACCUAUGUGUUGACGAGAGUACUUUAACCGGAGAGACGGAGCCCAUGCACAAGUCGAAUGCUGCGGUUGAUGUAUCAUCUUAUAAUGAUAUUCCUGGUGGCAUUAUACCAAUUAGUGAUAGAGCAAGCAUUGCGUUUAUGGGAACAUUGGUUAGGGAGGGACAUGGUAAGGGGGUUGUGGUUUCAACUGGUAAACACACUAUGUUUGGGACAGUUUUCGAAAUGAUGAACAGUAUUGAAAAGCCUAAAACGCCGUUGCAAUUGGCAAUGGACAAGUUGGGAAAGGACCUAUCUUAUAUGAGUUUUUUCUUAAUUGGUAUUAUCUUUAUAAUUGGUGUCAUUCAGGGAAGAUCAUGGUUGGAAAUGUUCCAGAUAUCUGUUUCUUUAGCAGUAGCUGCUAUUCCUGAGGGCUUGCCUAUUAUUGUGACGGUUACUUUAGCUUUAGGCGUAUUGCGUAUGGCUAGUAGAAAGGCUAUUGUUAGCCGUUUGCCUAGUGUUGAAACCUUGGGAUCAGUGAAUGUUAUUUGUUCAGACAAGACUGGUACGCUAACAGCAAAUCAUAUGACGGCUUCUAAAAUAUGGUGUUUGGGAAGUAUGGCUAAUAAGAAUAAUGUUUUAGUGGUGGAAUCGAAAUCCUUGAAUGGAUUAAAUAAGGGCCAAAAGUUGUCUACGCACCUAACUGAGGAUGUUAGGACGACUUUGAAAAUUGGAAGUGUUUGUAACAACGCUUCGUAUUCUCACGAGCAUGCGAAGUAUUUAGGAAACCCAACAGAUAUAGCGUUGGUUGAAGUGCUUGCAAAAUUCGGUAUGGACGACGAAAGACAAAAUGUUAGAAAGAUUGAGGAACUCUCAUUUAAUUCGAAAAGAAAAUUCAUGGCGGUUAAAGUUGAUAAUGGUAGCUCCCCACAUAAGCAUGUUGUGUAUAUAAAGGGUGCUUUUGAGAAAAUUGUGGAAAAAUCAUCCUUUUAUAUGAGUAACACCGGAAAAGUUGAGAAGUUGACAGAUUCACAUAGAGCUAUUAUUGAUGACUGUGCAAGGUCAUUGGCCUCUGAAGGCUUAAGGAUUCUUGCAUUUGCACAGGUUGAUAUCCCUGCAAACAAAGCGCUAACAGAGGGUGGCUUCCAGAAUUUGGUUUUCACUGGAUUAGUCGGUAUGAAAGAUCCCCCAAGAGCUACUGUUCGUCCUGCUAUAGAGGAAUUGCUACAGGGCGGUGUUCAUGUAAUUAUGAUUACCGGUGACUCUGAAAACACAGCUGUAAAUAUUGCAAGACAAAUAGGAAUUCCUGUCAUUAAUCCUGAGAUAAGUGUGUUAACUGGUGAUAAAUUAGAUCGUAUGACUGAUGACCAGCUUGCUGGUGUUAUUGACCAUGUGAAUAUCUUCGCCAGAGCAACUCCUGAGCAUAAAUUGAAUAUUGUUCGAGCUUUACAGAAGAGAGGUGAUAUUGUAGCUAUGACCGGUGAUGGUGUGAAUGAUGCGCCUGCCCUGAAAUUGGCUGAUAUAGGUGUGGCAAUGGGUCAUAUGGGAACCGAUGUUGCCAAAGAAGCAUCAGAUAUGGUUUUGACUGAUGACGAUUUUAGUACUAUCUUGACUGCAAUUGAAGAAGGUAAAGGAAUCUUCAAUAAUAUCCAGAACUUUUUGACCUUCCAAUUAUCCACCUCAGUCGCUACCCUCUCGUUAGUUGCCCUUGCCAUAGCAUUUAAGUUACCAAACCCACUCAACGCAAUGCAAAUUUUGUGGGUGAAUAUUCUAAUGGAUGGUCCUCCAGCUCAAUCGUUGGGAGUCGAGCCAGUUGACCAGGAAGUUAGAAGGAAACCUCCAAGAAAAAGAACUGAUAAGAUCUUGACUACUCAAGUUAUGAAACGUUUAUUGAUUAACGCUGCGUUUAUUAUUGUUGGAACCAUAUAUGUAUUUGUCAAAGAAAUGACAGAAGAUAACCAAAUUACCGCAAGAGAUACUACUAUGACAUUCACUUGCUUUGUGUUUUUCGACAUGUUUAGUGCCUUGUCUUGCAGACAUGCAACGAAAUCAAUUUUUGAGAUUGGUUUGUUUAAUAACAAGAUGUUCAACUAUGCGGUUGGUUUUUCAUUGAUCGGUCAACUAUGUGCAAUCUAUGUUCCAUUCUUUCAAUCUAUAUUUAAGACUGAAAGCUUGAGCAUUGGUGAUCUACUUUAUUUAUUAGUGAUCAGUAGUAGUGUUUUCAUUGCGGAUGAAGUGAGAAAAUAUUACGCUAAGAAGAAUGCAGUGCAGGAUUCAUACUACUUUUCCAUGGUAUAA